UGUAGUAUCCCCCCCCCCCCCCCCCCCCUCCGCCCCGCCAUAACGAAGGAUUACCUUGAGCUGAGUGUGGACAUGUGUUGACGACCACUGCGAACACAACAGCUACCGACAGGAGAUCGCUGAGUACAGUGUAUUCUCCGUUCUCAAGUGGGAUCCGAGUGAUUUUUUAACGGAUGUCAUUGCGGUGGUCAGCGAUGGGAGAGGGUUCUGAACGCCUCUCCACCGUAGGAUGGUAGCUUACAGCACCGUGGAAGGCCAUGGCAGCACCUGCACAUCCUCCUCCUCCGCAUCCUCCUCUUCCUCCUCCUCCUCCUCUUCCUCCUCCUCCUCCCGCGCUCUACCCCGUCCCGCGGGCCGUCCCCACCACUGCCCCCAAGCGGAGCAGCCCGUCCGGCCCUGCAGGGGCGACGGGGCCCCCCAGAACCCGGGACCCCAGCAGCCCGGGGCUCGGCCCAAGCCGCUCUCGGCCCUCGCCACCCACUUCCCGCCCUUCUCGUCCCAGAAGGACUUCUGCGUCAUCACGGACACGGCCUCCCAGCUGGAGCGCAGCGGCUUCUACUGGGGGCCCCUGGGCGUGGAGGAGGCGCACGGCAUGCUCCGGGACGCCCCGCUCGGCAGCUACCUGGUGCGGGACAGCCGGCAGAAGGACGUGUUCUUCACGCUGUCGUACCGCGCCGCGGCGGGCGCGGUCAGCGUGCGCAUCGUGUACCGCCGCCAGCGCUUCGGCCUGGCGGGCAGCGAGCGCAGCUUCGCGGGGCUCUUCGAGCUGCUGCAGCACUACGCCGCCUCGCCCAAGCGGAGCCUGGGCGCCCCCUACAGGAAGCGCAUGGCCACGCUGCAGGAGCUGUGCCGGCGGCGCGUCGCCGAGGCGUGCGGCGGCCGCAGCGGCGUCCUGCAGCUGCCCGUGUCCGGGAUCCUCAGGGACUUCCUGCAGGAGUUCCCUUACAGCCUGUGAGGGGCGAGGUGGAGGAGGGGGAGGUGGAGGAGGAGAGGGAGGAGGAGGAGGAGGCAAGGUGGACUGCUCCGGAUCCCAACAGGACCCGGACUCAGUGUCUCUGGGGAGCAGGAGACUUUGGCCGGGCUGUCAGACGGCUCAGGGGACCGGUGUGAGGAUGCGCGGGUUCGCCGUGCCGUGGACUUGCGUGCCUUCCCGGGGGAGACCCGGGAGCUGACGGACGCGCCGGCAGCACGCUGGGAGGACGCUGCGUUCGGAGACCACUACAGCGGCAGGGGAACCAAGACGAGGACGCUUGAACCCGGCGCCGGGGUCCUGCGAUGGCCCCUGGUUCAGUGCCCCCCCCCCCCCGCCAUGGGGUCCAGUGUCGGGGCCCUUCGGGGCCGUCGUGACCCUGGAGGCGGCCCUGUUGGACUUUGAUGGCCCUCAGAGGGCCACAUGGAGUUGGGCCUGCAUGAGCCUAAGUGACGGGGAAGUGACGAAUGUUUUUUUUGUUUCUAUGUUUACGACUUACUUGAACACUCAACAGAAUUGUAUACCUACAGUAUAAGCACCUCAAACAGCCCGGGCAGCUUCCACCACCACUUUCAAGCGGUUUCAAAGAAACAGAAUUAGUUGGAAACUAUUACGAAUAAAUCAGCUUGUUGAUUGUACUGUGUUAGUUUGGUGCAACGAAGGAGGGUUUAGCAAGUGGUUAUUUUACGCACAUAGCACCACGAAGUGGGACGUGUUUUGAUUUGUAAUUACUCUGAAACUAAACAUGAUAUUUAUGGGUUUUUUCAUACCAAAUAUUAAAACUGUUAUUUCAUGGUUCAGUUAAAGUUGUCAGUAAUGCUGUGUGUAGCUUUGUUCCGUCCGUUGUUUUAUUUAUUCAUGUGAAUUUCUAACUAACCAAGUUUGGAAGAGAUACCAUUAUUUAGAUAUUUUUGUAUCAAUAAUAUAUUUCAAACAAAAUAAAAAAAAUAUAUUUUCAAAAG